CUCCCUCAAAGUCCAUUAGACAAUAAAUUAAGCUCAUUUUACUAUGAAAUUCUAGCCUCUUUCUUAUAUAAAUAAAGAGAUAUCUAUCUUUAUCAAAAAGGGUCCUCUUUGCCAUUUAGAUCAAAAACAUUUCUCAUAAAGAUUUUAUAGAUUUUAGAUUCACUUCACAGUAGAAAUUAUUCUUGUAAUGCAAUCUUUGAUCAAUAAAAUAUCGAUGUUCUUUUUUCUCAUUUGAUUCUUUCAAAAUUUUUCCUAAACUUCAAGAAUCUAAUCAUUAUCCUUAUAUUUUUUAUUGUAUGAUUUCAAUAAACAUCACCAACAUAAACACCGUUUUUUGGUCAAAUAGUUAACAAAAACGUUUAUUGAUAAAAUGAAUUAUUUCUCGAAAACCAAAAAGAGAAACUCAACAUGAUGGUGCAACAAAGAAAAGAAAUGUGACUUUGAAUAUAAAAAAGGAGAGAAUAAAAAAAUAUUUUACCCACAGAAUGAUGAAACAAGUGGGCGAUCCGACACAAGCCAAACUCCUCUCAGACUGAUGCAACCUUAAAAGAAGCGGCAAUUUUCUCGAACAUAAACCAAUACUCAUCCACCACGUGUCUAGUCAUACUCAAUCCACCUCUCUGGCGCAGCCUUUUGAGUCUGUUCAUGUGUGUUAUCCUAAUACGACCCAUCGUUUUGGCUCCCUCUCUUUCACUAUAUAUUAUUUUUAUUAAAAUGUUCUCUAUCGAGUUCAUAGUUUUAUAAGCUAAUAAAUCCACAGAAAUUCUCUUCUUCUACUGAUUUAUAUAUCCACUCUCUCUUCUCCACAAGAUAGGAGUGAAUGAAGACACUUGCCAUGUUUUAGAUAACUUAUCUCUCUUUUCACUUGCUAUAUAUAGUUGACUAGGUUAACCUCUUUAGGUUGCUUUUGAGCAUCUUUGAUCUAUUUAAGGAAAGAUUUAGCUUAAAAAUGAGUUUAGGUGCGUUGAUAAAAGAGGAGAAAAGAGCAGCAACAACAUCGUCUUCUUCUUCUUCUUCUUCUCAGGUACAUAUGCCAAAAGAUAUAGACUGGCAAAUGCUUGACAAACCAAGAUUCUUCUUCCUCGGCGCCGCUCUCUUCUCCGGUGUAUCCACAGCUCUUUACCCUAUCCUUGUCCUCAAAACAAGGCAACAAGUCUCCCCAACCCGCCUCUCCUGCGCCAACAUCUCCCUAACCAUCGCUAGACUCGAGGGUCUAAAAGGUUUCUACAAGGGCUUUGGAACGUCUUUGCUCGGAACCGUCCCGGCACGUGCCCUCUACAUGACGGCUCUAGAGAUCACCAAGAGUAGUGUUGGUCACGCAACCGUUAGGUUAGGUUUGUCUGAUACAACAUCUAUGGCUGUUGCCAACGGUGCAGCUGGUUUAGCCUCUGCCGUGGCUGCUCAGGUUGUCUGGACACCGGUUGAUGUCGUGAGCCAACGGCUUAUGGUUCAAGGCGAUGUCUCGUUGAGUUCUUGCAGAUACACUAAUGGGUUUGAUGCUUUUAGAAAGAUUCUUUGCACUGAUGGACCGAGAGGGUUCUACAGAGGGUUUGGUCUCUCGAUCUUGACUUAUGCACCUUCAAACGCUGUCUGGUGGGCGUCUUAUUCUUUAGCUCAAAGAUCAAUUUGGUCUCGGCUCAAGCGUCAAGAUGGUGGUGGCUCAGUGGUGGUUCAAGCGUUGAGUGCAAUCACGGCAAGCGGUUGCUCAGCUUUGAUAACUAUGCCUGUAGACACAAUCAAGACAAGGUUACAGGUCUUGGACGCUGAAGAGAAUGGGAGGAGACGAGCAAUGACAGUGAUGCAGACGGUGAGGAGCUUGAUGAGGGAAGGAGGCUUUGGGGCUUGUUAUAGAGGGUUAGGACCAAGGUGGGUCUCAAUGUCUAUGUCUGCAACAACAAUGAUCACAACCUAUGAGUUCUUGAAGCGCCUGGCGGUAAAGAAGCAGACAUGACAUGAUAAAAUCAUUCAUAGACUCAGUUUCUCCUUUUCUUAGGUUUAAAAAUGUUUUCUUCUCUAAUAAACACUCAUAAAACAUACUAAGGAUCACACCCUAAACAGAGUUGUUUCCUUCAGCCACAGUUUCCUAUAUAAUGUUUGCUAGAAAAUAAGUAGGCGCCUUAUAAA